GACUCGUUCAAAAAGCUUCAGACUCCAGCGCAGCCCUGUAAUGGCUGCUUAGUGUGGACUAGUUUUCAGAACAUGUCCUGUUGGACCUAAAGCUUGGACGUGAUCUCAGAGGAAGACAAGCAGCAGGACUUCAGCAGAGAACCAGUCUCCGUGGACAUGUCUAACCCAGCCACAGAGCGAGGAAGGACCUUCCAGAGGUUCUCCGUUGGCACCAACGAGUCUCUCCGCUUUGAACCCUGUGAGGACAGCUCUCCGUCUCCCACCGGGCCAGAGGAUGGACACAAUGAAGACGAUGUGUUUAGGAGGGAAGGGAACGAGACUGAGAUGGUCUCGAUCAGGAACCAGCUGCAGGGGAAGGUGGCUGAGAUGGAAAACUUCGCCGGUCAUCUGGAGGAGAUCUUCCUCACCGUGGAAGAGAACUUCGGCCGUCAGGAGCAGAACUUGGAGCAACACUACAACGAGGUUCUGCAGACGUUGUCCCAGCGGUACGACGACAGGGCGAGCGAGCUGGAGGAGGAGAAGAAGCGGAAGCUGGAGUCUCUGUACGCUCAGCUGCUGCCCUGUGGUCAGGCUCUGGACCGCUCCAAGGAUCUGAUCGAGUCCGCUCAGGAGGUCCACCGCAGCCAGGACCACAGGCUGUUCCUGAAGGCGGCCGUACCCAUCAUUAAAAGAAUCGAGGCGUUUUCCAGGGAGGAGGUGGACCUCAGGCUGGCGACGAGUCUUGAAUUUAACACGCCGCUCGCUGAUCUGUCUGAAGUCAAAACCAUGAUGGACUCCAUCAACGUUGUUCCAGCUCCGUCUGCUCCGGUGAUCAACCCGCAGACGCCCAACUCGGCCUCCCAGACGUCCCUGCGGGUGUGCUGGAGCCUGUUCUCCGACGACGCCGUGGAGUUCUACGAGCUCUACUACAGACCGGUUCUGGAGGACACACCAGCAGACGGCACCAGUACACCUCCUGUAAGCAGGGUGAAAGUGAAGGAGACGCACUGCACCGUGACGGACCUGCUGCCCAACGCCCAGUAUGAACUCUGGGUGACGGCCACCAACACAACUGGUAUCAGCCCGGCCAGCGAGAAGGCCCUCUACGUGACAGUCCCGUCGCCUCCUGUGAUCAGGCAGAGGGAGAGCAGCAGCUGUCCAGAAGCUGCUCUGAUCUGCUGGGAGUCUGGGAACACCAACCCCGUGGACUCCUACACCGUGGAGCUCACAGAGACCGGUUCUGACGGCACAGAGGGCAGCGCCACCGAGUCCAUCGUAGCCGUGCCCACCUGUCAGUGUCUGAUCCAGCUGCAGGCAGGACGACGGUACCUGGUCUCUGUGAGGGCGGUCAACAUCGGGGGGUCCAGUGACAGAAGUGAUGUCAUAACCGUCUCCACAACAGGGACGUUCUUCCAGCUCCUGGAGGACACGGCCCACCCAUGCCUGUCCAUCUCUGAAGACGGUUUCACUUUGUUUUACGGGGACGAGGAGCUGCCCAUGAGUGCGAUGGCUUUAGAUGACAACACCUUCACCAGGAGCGUCGCCGUCCUCGGGAAUCUGAUUCCAGUGCGAGGCAGACAUUACUGGGAAGUGGAGGUGGACGACGAGACGGAGUUUCGGGUCGGAGUCGCAUACGAGGACACCGAGAGGAACUCUUACCUGGGGACUAACAGAACCUCCUGGUGCAUGAGACACCUUCGUAGUCCGUCCAGGCACAAAUAUGAGUUCCUGCACAACGGCUGGAGCCCGGACUUAAGGAUCACCGUGCACCCGCUGCGGAUCGGACUGGCACUGGACUACGAGCGGGGGACUCUGUCGUUCUUCAACGCUGACCUGGAGCAGCACCUGCACACCUUCCACUGUCGCUUCCAAACGUACGUGCAGCCCUGCUUCAGCCUGGACAACCGCGGAGCCCUGACCGUGCACACCGGGGUCGCGGCUCCCAGACACGCGUUCGUGUGACGGCAGGAAGUUCCGACAGCGGUUCCGUUUACCAACACAAAGCAAAGUUUGUGUUCGUUUGAUAAAAUCUUUGAGAACUCGUGUUUUCAGGAAAACCUACGUCUGUCAGUAAAGACAAAACGAGACGUUUUGAAGUGUUUUUAUUCCAUGGGA